UUGGGGCGGCCGUGGCGCAGAAUCCGGCAUGCUUCGCGGCGGUGCGCGCGCAGGGCGGGCGGUGCGCAUGCACCGAGGCGUCUUUCUUUCGCCUCAGGUUUCCUCACACCGCGGGGGUGGCGUUGUGGGGCUGCUUCAGCCAUGGCGGGAGCGCGACUGGUGGUGAUGGAAGGGCUGGUGCGGGAGCUGUUGAGGGAGGACGCCCCGUCCCGCAUCGCCGCCCUCACCGAGGAGCUCUUCCAGGCGGCGGGGAGCAUCUCUGAGGAGGAUGAAAGGGCGACUGAGGUAGACCCCCGGCUUCCCGGCCCGGUGCCCCUCUCCAGCCCGCCUGAAGAAAUAGGGUUUUCAUGUGCUUCGCACCACACAGCAGCUCUCACCCAGGUUGAAGAGGGUGCAAUAAGCCUGUGGAACUGGGCUGUGACCAAACACACGGGUUCUGUUGUCAAUGAUGAGCAAAGAGCUAAAUUACGGUUUGUUGCUUGCAGACUGGUGUGCCUUUGUGAAGGCAGUGAUCCUCCGGAGGGAACUAUUCGAAGACAGAUUUUGAUGUGUAUGAAAACUGGGAAAGGCUGGAUAGAUAUUGGAAAAGCUGGUCUUGCUGAUGGAUUUCUAGAGAUUGCCAUGACAAGUAUAGAAAAACUGUAUGCAAAGUUACUUAAGGGGAGCCAUGGUGAAGCAGAUAUUCACGUGCACAAAGCUGAUGUGGAGAAGAACCUCUUCAAAGUACUCUCUUAUCAGGCUGAAUCAGCAGUUGCUCAAGGGGAUUUUCAGAAAGCGGUGAUAUGUGUGCAGCGCUGCAAAGAUAUGUUGAUGAAAUUGCCAAAAGAGACAUGUUACCUGUCAAUCCUCUGUUACAAUUUUGGAGUGGAAACCUAUGAACAGAAGAGGUAUGAACAGAGCUCCUUCUGGCUCAGCCAGAGUUAUGACAUUGGGAAGAUGGACAAGAAAUAUUCUGUUGGCAAAGAAAUGCAGGCUAAAGUGCUGCGAUUGUUAGCUACAGCCUAUUUUGAGUGGGAUUGCAAUCUGUAUCUUGACAAGGCAUUGAAAGCUAUAAGCUUGGCAAAUCAGGAGAAUUUGCAUCCAGCAGGGUUUUAUUUGAAAGUUAAAAUUCUUCUUAGAAGUGGAGCAUCAGAUGAAGAUAUCAACUCAGCUGUUGCAGAAUUCUUGCACCAUGAAAUGUCUUUAGACUUUUGUUUGAAUACUGCCAAACUGCUGCUGGAGCAUGGAAGGGAAUCAAUUGGUUUAGAUUUUCUGAAAUCUGUUCCUGAACGAUUUGAAUCUUCACCUGACCUUGGAAAAAUUACCCUGCUCCACAUUGAGUUCCUGUUGCAGAAUAGGAGAGAGCUGCUUGCUAAGCAAAAGGUUGAAGAAAUUAUUUUAGGUCAUUACACUGGGAAACAGCUGUUGCCUGAAGCCUUAAACCAGCUGCACGUCAUCUUGUGGGACAGAGCUGCCAAACAUUAUGAGGCAAAAAGCUAUUCUGAAGCUCUUCACUGGUACAAUUAUUCUGUCAGCUUCUACACGCCUGGGCAGAUAGAUCAGAACUUGGCUAAGCUGCAGAGGAAUAUGGCUUCUUGCUAUCUUCAUCUGAAACAAGUUGACAAGAAUGAACAACAAGUUGUGGCUAUCAAAGCUUUGGAGUAUUUGUCUGAACGUUUACAAGACUGCCGACAAUUAUUUGCUGCUUUAAAAUGUUUGGUUCGUCUUAUGUUGUCAAAGGUCAUGGCAGAAGAUGAAGAGAAAAGACAUGAAGAUAUCAACUCAAUCCUGACUUACUUGACCUUGGCUCACAAGAGACUUGCUGAGUCUUUCACAGAAGAGAAAUUUACAGGGGACAUGAGGAUCCUUGAAGCUCACUGGUUUAGAAAAGUUGCUUGGAACUUAGCUGUACAGUUCAGGAGCUGCCCUGAAAAGAUGAGGGAUUUUUUUCUACUGUCUUUCAAGUUGUCCCAGUUUUGUCCUUCCGACAAAGCUGUUCUAAUUGCUCGGAAGACAUGCCUGUUAAUGGCAGCAGCAGUUGAUCUGGAAUUGGGGAGACAACAAGUAACGCCUUCUGAACAGACGGAGCUUUUGACUCGGGCCCUUCAACAUCUGCAGGCAUGCAAGGAGGUAUGGAAAAUUCUGAAAUUAACAGGAGAUUUUGGUAAAGACCCAACAGACACAUUGUUGCUGCUUUAUGAAUUUGAAGCAAGAUCCAAACUGAAUGAUCCAACACUACACAACCUUAUGGAGUCAGUAUGGGAACAACCACAAAUAGAGGUCAAGACACUAGAAAUCAUUGCAUCAUUAGCAAUGGAAUCUCCAGCUCGGUAUCCUGUACUGUGUAAGAAGGCUCUCAAGAGUGCAUUAAAUCUUCACAGAAAGCAGACUGUCAUUGAUGCUGUGAAAUUUAGCAAAUGCUUACAUAGUUUGAUUAAUCUGUCUUUGCCAACUGGAUUAACAGACUUGGAUGACUGUGUACUGCAGGAGGUAUGGAACUACUUUGAAGAUGCUCUGAGUGUAGUCAGCAGCAUAGAUGCUUACCCAGAGAUGGAGAUCCUUUGGUUGAUGAUAAGAGCCUGGAAUACAGGAAUAUUUCAGUAUACUGUUGGUAAAUAUAAGGAAGCUGAGCAGUGGUGUGGAUUAGGAAUGCGUUUCCUCAAUCACUUAGGAUCUCUGAAGAAAAGCUAUGAAGGCCAUAUGAUUGGCCUUUACAGUGAGGUUCUGGACAAACUGGACAGAGCAAAAGGAUUUGUUCCAAAUGAAGAAGAAUAAUGACAGUCACAACUGCAAAAAAGGAGGACAGCAGUCUCUCUUGGAAACAUUCUGCUGAAUGAAAGAGGCUGUCAGCUCUGUGAAGGUCAUGGGAGCAGUGGAAAAGAAACCAGGAUCUCCUCCUUACUGGCAAUUAAGAUAUGUACUUUUUAGGACGUGUUUAUUGAAUAAAUGUAAUUGUUUUCCUCUAGGGAAUAACUUUCAUUCUCUGGAGCUAUAUAACACUUAGAAAUUAAUACAUAACUUUUUCAUGAGAUGCGUCUGCUGUUGUGUAACAGGUUGGUUUAAAUACCUGAUUUUAGUAGUAAGUGGCAAUGAGAAAAGUAUUCUAAGACUAGGCAUCUUCUCUGGAUGUCAUAGCUGCCUUGCUACAUAAAUAUUUAUCAGAUUGUUUAGGUUUUGGUCCAUUUCGGUAUGGACAAGAAUUCAGAGCUGUUUGCCAGUUUCACAAUUAGUUAAAAUAAAAAAAAGCAGGUACUAUUUAGCUCACAGAAAAAGCGAAAGCUGAUAGAUGUAUACUGAUUGCUUUUCAGUUAGGGCUGCUGCACUAUGGGAAGCAGGUACAAGGCAGGUCAAAGUAAAGACAAUAUAUUGUGUCUUUUGUUGGAUAGACCACAUACAUUUGCAUAACCUAUAACUGGGCAUACAUCCUACAAGUGGAUUCUUUUGCUGUUCCUUUAAAAGGAUAUUCAGGCACUCUACGGAACACUGUAAGUCAUUUCAGGUCCUCUGGUUUGCUUAUUAGAAAGCUAAAAGUGCUUUUCUGCUUAUUCUUUACAGACAUUACAUGGAAGGCAGGGCUGAUGGACAGCAUUAUAAAAUCAUCUGGUUUGAGAUGAAGAUUAAUGUUGUUGUUAAAAUUUAAAAAUAUAUUUUACUUGGAACCAGAUUAUUAAAGCCUAUUCAGAUAGAGAACAGGGCCGCUAACAGCAGCAUGGUGACUACAGAAAAGAAGAAAUUGCAUUAGUCAUAGUCCAUUCUGAAAGCCUGAUAUGCUCUGGAAGAAGAGCUGAGUAGUGUGCUUAGUGCUGUGGUCAGGGCCAAGUAGUAAUGAAAGUCAGCUGCAUUGCAGUCUCUAUCAAUGCUCCAUGUCUGUUGUCUUUUCAUAGUCUGAGUAAAUCAAAUAUUAGUGAUUUCUGUUUUUUGUACACACCAGGCACCACUUUGCAUCCUGCGGCUGAAGCUAGAAACCAGCCCUUAGCGUAGCUGCCACAUCCUCAUGUCUGUUGUGCAGCUGGAUACAGGAUCAUUUCCUGAAGGCAGGUACAUGCAGACAUGUAAGUCAGUGUGGCAUUUACAGCAGCAUUAAGUAGGAACAUUGAGUACUAGAUGCUUUGCAGUACUGUACAGGUUAGUAUCAGCCUCUGGAUAAUAAUGUGAGAAUGGGACUCUCUCAAGGAGUGAAUUAUAUUGAAGGUGGCAACCAGGGAAGUAUUGGGAAGUUUAUAGCAUCUGGUGCCAGUGAUAGCAAGAUACUGGAUGCUACAGCUGAGACUGGUGCUGCUUGAGCUGUGCCCCUGCUAAAGAGUUUGUUGUGAAGUGUCUUUUUACUCUUCAGGCUCAGCUAGAUAGAACUAUGUAUUGGUAGGAACAGGAAGGUACCUUUGUGGAAAUAGCCAAGCAGGAUGCAAAGAUGAAAGUAAAAAUACUUAUGUUCAGCUGGAAGUUAUGUACGUGUUCUUAUUCCCGAGGUCUACCACAGAACCUUUAUUCUUCAGGCUGAGGUAGCAUAAGCAGUGGAAGCCACUUCCACUGAACUUCAGUGGCAUUCUGUUUAUGGUAUUCAGAAAAAUCACCCAGGCUGCCUGACGCAGGUGGCCCCUGUGAGACAGACAUAGGAGGAUGGACCUGUUUAGAGUAAAUUCUGCACCUAGUGUGCUCAGUUCACCAGGUCUAAUUUGGAUCUCUUUGAGCUUCUGCUUUCAGAUCUUUAAUGCACAAUGUGCUAACUAAGAAAUGCCUUUGAACCCGUAAAAAGUCAUGCCUCAAACAGUUUUGGAAAUGCAUACUGCAUCACAUUAAUGCAGGGACUGUAAAUGAUACGAUAGAGUCAAAGGCAUCCAUUGCUGCCUGUAGUAUCUCCUUGGUGCCUGCCAGGCUGGUUUUAAUUACUGUUCUCAGUUCUGACUUGCACAAAUACAUAAACAGGUAAAGGUGUCACACUGUACCAGAUGAGAAGGUCAUGUUUGCCUAGUAAGUGUAGCAGGUCAUUAAAUAUAGCCAUAGAAGGCAGCAAGCAUUAAAUGUGUUUUUGCCUACAGCCAGAAUUGUUUGAAUUUUUUCCUUGGAGAUGCUCAGUUUGAUUUCUUCUAUGCUACAGACUUUACUAAGGAGUCCAGAUCAGGUACAGACUGCUGAUAGCACUUCUCACCUCUUCUCUGCACAUUUUUGCAUUGUACAUUUUAUUCCAGGCUUAGUAUUUACCAUAGGCUUUAAAUAGGGCAAGAAUUCAUCUCCUAGUUGAAUCAGACCUUAAUUAGCUGGAUUUCCAGUGACCAUUCCCAAUAGGUAGUUUGUGUGCAGUCACUCUGCUUUGCAGAUGUUUGUGCACUGAGUUUGCUAGUGUAGAUGCAGGCUGGUCCAGUGUUUAUUUUCCUAGGUUAAAUGUUGCUUGAUGGUUAAGUAGCCCAGCUAGGAUGACUGUGGGAUAUAAAUCUUUUUAAGCCAACAAUAGCUGAUCUGGAAAAACAAAAAAAUCAGUGCUGCUCAUUCUUCCCUGUCUUCUCUUUUUAUUGAUCACUGUUUUGUUGGAGCUUAGAGUCUGGGUGCUCAUCGUUUCAGCUUAGAGUCUGGGUGCUCAUGCUCAGAUGUAAUGG